UGAUCGUCUACACUCCAGUGUGUCUCUUAUCGACGGUAUGAAUUGACGCGUGGAGCUUGUUUGUGAAUAUAACGGAUAUUAAUUAUAUAUAUUGAUAAUAAAAUACAAGGCACUGGAAGGGAAUGGCAUGUGUGACGUAAGGUGUUUUGUGAAUUCAGCAGUUAGAUUCUGAACGUGCAAGCUUUUAUGUAAAUCAACAGGUUGCUGAAAAGAAGGAAAAAAGUCUUGAGUUGAGCUGAACGAGUCGGCUGUAGCUGUUUGAUUUCGUGUCAUUCGGAGUCUAUUUUUGGAGUCUGGCGCUGUCGUAUUCCGGGACUUUAAUUCGAGAAAAGAUUACUUAGUUGAAAAAAAAAAGGUUUAGAGGCAAAGAAAUAUCUGGCAUUUGUAAAUACGUUAUGUUUUAGUGGCAGUGUAAUCUGUUACUGCAGUUUUUGAAAACUGAACGUGAAAACACUAUUUAUAUUUUUGUCAUAUAAAUGUGUUUAAAUACUGCUGACUAAACAUAUCACAAUUGUUAUUUUGAAUAUAACAAUAUAAUAAACAUAUGGUUUCAAAUACAAGUAUGUCGGCUAUUUUUAAAACUAUGUGAAGUUCGCAGUUUAUAAAGUAAUCUGUAUUUGCUUUGUAGAAGGACGAUGUAGAUUUGCUGAUGAUGUGUAACAGUCAACUUGCUGUCGAACUUCAGUCAUUUUUUAUUCAUCAUUAUGGAUUAUAAUACAUACCUUUUACCUGGAUAAAAUGGAUAUAUCUCGAAUUUUAUACACCCUGAUGUGUGUUUUAGGGGCUACCUGGACGCAGGCUGUUACAGUGUGUGAUCAGUGUGACUGCACUUUGAGUGAGAACACAGAUGACGAGAAAGGUAACGCAAUUGUAAAACCUCGUUGUUCGGAAGGACGUAUAACAUGGAUGAAUCCCCAUGGUGCCAUGCGACUGGAACUGGAUCCGGGUAUUUUUACAGAUUUUCGAGCGUGUGUGAUAGUUAAAAGUGAUAAUACAAAAACAAAAGUUUCAAAGGAGGUACAAAAUACAAUAAAUAAAAACCAUCGGACUAAAUAUUUAGAAAAUGAAGUGAAAUUAGAACCCUGGUUUACUGUGAUAGAUCGUAGCCGUGAAUAUUGUGUCCGAUCAACGGACAAGCAACCAGUGUUAUUAUAUGUAGAAACAGAAACAACUACGAAUAGUACGGGUUUACCUAAAGUUACCGUUCUUUAUGAUAUAGAAAAAUACAGCCCGUUGCAAGAAGAUCCAAUGGAAGAAUGUCGACCAUGUGAUAAAGAAGAACUUAUUAAUGCUUUUUGUACGAGUGAUUUUGUGAUUGUGGGUCGUAUUGCCGAUGUAUUAAAUCAUCCCGAUGAAGAUAGAACAAGUAUUGGUGUAGAAGUUGAUCAGCUAAUUCAACAAUCUACGGAACAGUUUACUCGCAUCAAGAGAACUCCUACUACACUAAUUGAUGAUCACAUCAUACAUCCGGGCUACCGUUCAGAUAGUCUGCUCUAUGGACAAAUCUUUGCGCCUGGAAAAUGCGGUAUCCAGCGCGGAGAGGGUACGUUUUUGUUUACCGGACGUGUACGAUUAGGGGAACCGAAAUUACGUUGUGCGCCUUUUUAUGAAGACUGGCGGAAAAUAUUAGAGACUGCUACUAAAGAUGGAACAAUGGAAUGUACAUUUGAUUGAAACUUUAAAGAGCUUGUCAAUAUAUGCAUAUUACAGUAAUCUGGGCAGCAAAGCAGAAACAUAGUUUAGUUAUAUAAGUACUAUGAAAAUAAUUUACGCUUUCGUGCAUAAUUAUAUCAAUGAUUCUGUAAGAUAGUAGAUAUUAUAGCACAUAAUGGUUGCGUAAUACUAAUGUCGGUAAAGACAAUAAAAGUAUAGAUGAACCUUACUGUAUAUUAUUUUGUACAUUACUUAUUUCAUCGUUCUAAAUGCUGCCUUUAACUAUUGGAAUUAUAGACAUUGGCGUUCUCAAGACUGUGAUUUUGUGUUCAUUCACUCAGUGUUUUGUGUUGAGGGUAAACAGAAUACUCUAAGUUGUGCAUAGCGACAAUUUUUAAAGGGAUGUGACUAUCGAUUAUUUUAUCGGUUGAAAUCGAUCGAUAAUCGAUUAUCAUAUAAAUUUAAGUUUGUUAUUAGUGUAUUAGGAUUGUUGUUGUUGUUAUUAUUAUUAGGUUGUGUGAAAUAUUUACGUGUAUUAAAUGACCAAAAACAACCGGGGGAAACUUCUUGACGUAAUACUAAUAACUAUUAUAGGGUAGCCUACGUGGUUUCUCCAGCAAUAUGCUGUAGUGUGUGCAUUUAAUAUAAGUUAAUCAUAGUGCUUUAUUAUCAUCUAUAGUGCUUCAUCGAAAAACAACUUUAGUGACUGGUUAUAUAGUUAGUGAAAUUCAAUAAUGAAUAAGCCAGAGCGAAAGAUAUAGGGCAAAUAUUAUGAAGUGUGCUUGACUAUGUUGAUUAUCAUUUUUAACGAACAUUCCUGUUUCUGUUGAAAUAUAACAAUGACUAUCUGUAAACACGGGAUAUGAUCUCUGAUAUGAACGAAGAAAUAUUCAAAAUAAUCCUUUGUUAUAAUAUAAUUAUAUCAACAAUUAUAUCCUUAUUUUAAACAAUAUGUUCUGUGUGCUUCAUGUAAUAAUGUUAACCAACUUUUGUAAACAUAAUUGUUUUUGUAAAUGCUAAAUAGCUGUCAUUCCUUUGACGAUUGUUUAUCUUAAAUUGAUACACAGAAGACCAAGAAUAGUUAGCUGUGCGAAUUUACGUCUCAGAUGCAGGGUAUACACGUGAUAAAAUUAAAAGUUUAUGUAAUGGCGUCUUUCAAUACCGCAUAUAAGUUUAAUAGCAAAAUUUGCCUAAUUUCUGUGGAUAAGAAAUACCAAAAAAGUAGACCAAUUAGGAUUAUUGUGGCGGUUCAAUCGUUUCUUGACCUGUUGACCUUGAACGUUGAUCAUCAGGGAACUUUUAAGAUCUUCAGUAGGUCCUGCUGGUUCUUUUGAUACCCAUAGUAUUUAUGAACCCCACGGACUAAUGACCCCUUUCCAUGUUAUAUGGUGCACUUUCUAGGUCACCGGAUGUGACUUUCUAGGUCACCGGAUGUGACUUUAUCGGUCACCGGAUGUGACUUUAUCGGUCACCUGGUGUGACUUUCUAGUGGGUCACCCGAUGUGACUCUCUAUGUCACCUGGUGCGACUUUCUGGGUCACCUGGUGUGAUUUUUUGGGUCACCUGAUGUGAUUUACUGUGUCAUGUGUCCUAAUUCCCAUUUAUUUGGCUAAAACGUUUAUUGUACAUUUAAAUUUAGGUUACAGUCGUAAAGGAGGCGUCAUUCCAUGACAGACACACUGCUGGUUAUAUCUUAGUCAUUAUAAGAUUCAUGCUAUAACUGAUCAAUCUAAUCAUUGUAAUUACCAUUUCAUGUUUAUUAUUACCAUACAUGGAACCAAGUUCAGACGUGUCCUACAUACCAAAUCAAAUCCUGCCAUUUAAUAAUAAAAUCGGUUUAUCAAACCACGCCAAUAUAAACAACUUCGUUAGCUCAAUUUAGGAUUUUUUCCAUGAAUCUAAAUAUUAUCUUAAGAAUUAGGAAGCUUAUCUUGUUGCGAGCUUGAUGCUAAAGUAACAGAUAGUUUCCUAAUUGUAUUUCAAUGGUUAUAGAAAAUGUAAACAUAAAACCAUCCAUGUUCAAUUUAUGUCAACAGUUUCGUUAUGUUCUUGUGUUUGUUUCUUGAUAUAUUUGUGAGUCUUGGUUUAACCAGUCUCAAAUAGUAAUAUAUAAAGUACAUGACAACUGGAUGAUAGAAUACAAACCAUCUUGUAAUAACAUGCGAGUCCAACAUUGCGUCAAACAAAAGGUAAAUAUUUAAAACAUCAUUUGAAUUUCUAGGGGGUAAGACAAUAUUCUUGCAUUAGAUUGCUUUGGUAGUCAGAGUUUGUAUCUCCUCCAGUAUCCUGGCUUGGAUAAUCUUGAGUGACCAAUUGAGUUCUGGCGUUAGGUACAAGAGUACAGCACCAAUUUGUAAGCUAUAGGGAUAACUAUAAUUACACAGAGACUGGAUGCCAAAAUGGUAUUAGAUGGCCUUUUAAACCAGUUGGGAAUUUUGUCAAAGAAAUAAGCUCAUAGAUUUCCGGGCGUGAGAUUUCGCUGACUAAAAUUUGAUAGUGAAUUAUUAUUCUCAGCAUAUUAAUUCAUAAACUUCCCAAUGAUCUCAAACUGAUUACAAUUUUAAAAAGUAGAUAAUGGAGCUAUUCAGUUUGGUUAUCGACAUGCCGCUUUCAUCAAUCAUCUAUAGUUCGUUCGCAUGUUAGUAGGACAGUACAUAGGACAUUGUUAUUCAUCACAUUGUUAUGUUAUGGUUUAUCCAAAAGCUCUUGGACCAAAUUUUCGUUAAAUAGAUGGAACGUCUUUUAUUGUAGAUGAAAUGAAUUAUAUUAAAUGAAGUUAAAAUCUGUAUUAUAUUUUUAUAAAUCAAUUGUAUAUUUUGAAUAAACUAUAUUGAACAUUACUCACGUAAAACAGAAUAAAAUUAUUGUGAAAUAUGA